AGCUUCACAGUUCUGACCUCAGAUCACUGCAGGCUGCAACCAGCAUGAAGGAGCAAGGGGGAGAGAGAGACGGAGAAGGGGGAAAAGCUGGGAGUACAACAGAAAAGGACCAGAGCUGGGUUCCUAAGAUCAUCAAGAAGCGGCUGUGCAGCACUUUCGUUGAGGACUCUUUCAGUAAUGGAGCGCUGUGUCAGUGUGGGGGGGUGCGGGAGCUUCAUGACUCCGUGGCAACAGGGGACUUCUUUGGAGCGGCCAUCGUCUCUCAGUGGGACAGCAGGCAGCACUCCUCAGAGAGUCCCACCGACGCCUUUGGAGAGCUGCAGUUUGCUGGAGCCGGACGCAGAAACAGCCAUUUCCUGCGGCUGUCAUGUGACACGUCGCCUCAGAUCGUGUACACCCUGAUGACGGCUCACUGGGGCCUCCCCUCGCCCAAUUUGGUGGUGUCGGUGGUGGGGGGGGAAGGCCAUGAGAAGAUCAAGACCUGGGUGAGAGACGUCCUGAGGAAGGGGCUGGUGAGAGCCGCACAGAGCACAGGGGCCUGGAUCUUGACGGGGGGGCUGAGGGAAGGCGUGGCCCGCUGUGUGGGGGAGGCAGUGAGGGACCACGCCGCCGCCGCUCCUGCUCUCUCCCAGAAAAAAGUGAUCGCUGUGGGGCUGGCCCCCUGGGGCCUGGUGCACAACAGGCAGCAGCUGGUCAACGCGCAGGGCAGUUUCCCUGCGCGGUACUAUGUCCAGAACACAUCCCAGGACUCCUGCUGCCUGGACAACAACUGCCAGGCUUUCCUCCUGGUGGAUGAUGGGAGUACUGGCCGCAGGGGGGGAGAGACAGCCUUUCGUGCUAAUUUGGAGGACUACAUUUCCCAUCAGCGCACUGGCAUCUGGGGAAGUGGCAGUAUUGAAAUCCCAGUGCUGUGCAUGCUCAUCUCAGGAGACGCCACUAUGCUCGAGAGAUUAGACGCCUCUUUGAGGAAAGCCACGCCCUGGCUGGUUCUGGCUGGUUCUGGUCCAGCUGCAGACCUUAUCAGUGAUUUGCUCGGGAAUCUUUCCUCUGUUCCCCUCAGUCCCAACUCCCCUCCUGCAGAGGGCGAGGCUUCUGAGGGUCUCAGCGCAGAGCUGCGCGACAAAGCCCGUGACAAGGUCCGGAGACACUUCCCCACUGCAGCCGAGCUGGAGAAACUGGUGGAUAGUGCUCUCAGUAUCUAUCAGAACAGAGAGUUCAUCACUGUCUUCGACGGGGAGCAGGAAGGUUCUGAAGACUUUGAUACAGUUCUCCUCAAAGCACUCGUUAGAGCUAGUAAACGUGUAUCCAGUGAAGCCAGUGAGUGCACUGAGGAACUCAAACUAGCUGUGGCCUGGAACCGAGUGGAUAUUGCUAAAACGGAGCUCUUCAAUGGAGACAUCCAGUGGAAGUAUGAGGACCUUGAAGACUCAAUGACAGAUGCACUGAUCAACGACAAGCCCCAGUUUGUGCGUCUCUUCUGCGAAAAUGGUCUGAACAUCCUGGACUACCUGACGUACGAGCGCCUAGAGGGCUUGUACAGCUCUCUAGCAGAUGGCUCUCUGGCCUACAUUCUGCUGCAGAGGCGUCUGAGCGAGAGGCAGGGCCUGGCUGCAUCCCUGCCCCACUUAGAUGGAGCCGCCAACGUACCUCUGAAGAGUCCUCUGAGCAGCCUGGCGGGGCCCGCUUCAGCGAUCACACUGUUUGAGGUGUCUCGCCUGCUCUGGGACCUGUUGGGUGAUGUCUGUCAGCCUUUCUACUACGGGCCUCUGGGCCUGGACUGCAGCACCAGCACCAGGAGGGCUCUCAAGCAAUUGAACAAGAUGCUGCUGGGAGAGUGUGUGUACCGGCACCAACGCUGUCUCUCACCCUGGGCCGCCCUCUUCAUCUGGGCUGUGCUGCAGAGCCGCAGUGAAAUGGCAGUGUACUUCUGGGAGAUGGCGGGGGAGUCGGUGCUGAGCGCUCUGGGCGGCUGUAAGAUGCUGAGGGAGCUCUCUAAGCUUGAGAGUGAGGCUGAGAACAAGCUCGCCAUGAAGGAACUGGCACAGAGGUUCGAGGACCUGGCCCACGAUGUAUUCGGUGAGUGUUACCAGAACAGCGAGAGCCGCUCCUUCACUCUCCUCAUCAGGAAGUCUCCAGUGUGGGGGGGGGCUACCUGCAUGCAGAUGGCCACUGCAGCUGACGCCCGGCUGUUCUUCAGCCACGACGGUGUUCAGUCUCUGCUGUCUCAGAUCUGGUGGGGGGACAUGGAGAGGAGUACUGAGGUUUGGAAACUGGUGCUCACCUUCUUCCUACCCCCCCUCGUCUACACAGACCUCAUCAGCUUCAGGUAA